GACACGUCACAGGUAUAAAUGGCGGUGUCGGCGGCGGCUGGCCCAGUCUGGUGAUUGACGGUGACGGGGAGGAGUACUGCUCGAAGCCUGACGCAGGAUGGCCCGAACAAAGCAGACUGCCCGCAAGUCCACAGGAGGCAAGGCGCCCAGGAAACAGCUGGCGACCAAGGCGGCGAGGAAGAGCGCCCCGUCUACUGGUGGAGUGAAGAAGCCCCAUCGCUACAGACCUGGCACAGUUGCUCUGAGAGAAAUUAGGCGAUACCAGAAAUCCACAGAAUUGCUGAUUCGUAAACUGCCCUUCCAACGUCUGGUGCGUGAGAUUGCUCAAGAUUUCAAGACUGAUCUGAGGUUCCAGAGUGCUGCGAUUGGUGCAUUACAGGAGGCAAGUGAGGCAUACUUGGUUGGUCUCUUUGAAGAUACAAAUCUGUGUGCCAUCCACGCCAAGCGAGUUACCAUCAUGCCAAAGGAUAUUCAGUUGGCUCGCAGGAUACGUGGAGAAAGAGCUUAAUUGAAGCAAACUCAUUCUAUCACAAUGGACUGUGGGACCUUUUUUUAAUAUUGCAGGAUUUACAGAUGGGAUUGUCAGGAUACGAACUUUUAAGGAGUGAUAUGUGCAAAUGGAAUAUGUGGUAUUUGCUGUUUUUAUUCAAUUUUCUAAAGUUUAAUAGGGUGGGGGGGAGGGGUUAAGCUGGUUUGGGAGCCCUUGCUAUUAUUUUGGAAGAAAAUAAAAAAUAAAUCUCAACUAACUGAAUUGGAAUUGGAACAGAUCAAUGUCCACUUGUCAUUUGCAUGAGGUGCAAGUGGGAAAUGCCCAUUGCUCUUCAAGCACUUGAGUUAAGUUUUUAUUUUAUAUUAUACUUGGGUUUUCUAUUAGACUGUUUCCUAGAGCAUUUUAUAUUAGUCAACUGAAGGGAAUGUACUGGGAAAAUACUUCCUAAAUUCAUUCCAUUGGUAACUCAGGAGGAAUUGUGGUCCUACACCAAGUAAAUUACAUUGAUAUUUUGUACAUCAAGCUGGAGUGUACGGCUUGGCAGCUAUGUACCUAUUUAUGCAUUGUUUUUCAUGUUAUCUGUUUUGGGGAGGGGAAGUUAAUUCAUCUUUUAUUAAAUUGUUAAUGGACUCGCAUGUGUUGCUAUUUGUUCUCGUGCAAACAAGUGGUUUACAUUGGGGGAAAAUGUAGAUAAGGGCUAGUUUGAAUUCUUUAGUAGCCUGUGAAUUAACAAUGUUUAGGUGAAUGCCAUUCUGCAAACUUUGUUGGAAGCAGUGCAGUGUUGCUCCUUAAUGACAUGGGGUUCACUUGCCCAGAUUGGGGCAAUUUUACAUUUGGAAUUAGUUGCACAAAUUAUUUUGCUCUCCCCACUAGUGUUUUAGUCCUAAAACAACAUCCCAUCUCUUGCCGAUUGGAAUAGUAUGCAUUUAGUGACCAGGAUGCUGACAUUGCGCUUGAUGCAAGUAGUGUCUUUGGUUAUUUGCCAAGUGAUUCAAGAUGCUUUGUAGAAUUUCCCCAUGCCCAGACUGUAAAGAUGGGGUUGCAGCCCUCCUGACACUGCUUCCAACAGCACUCUUGUCUUAAGAGUUUCUUCUUCAUCUUGGUGUAAAGGAAGUAAUAUUGCUAGUAUUAGAGAUUCACUUGUAUUGGCCACUGUGGGUUGGAUGCAACUUGGGCCUCCACAGCCUGAGGAUAUUUAUCUAGGCCAUCUACUAUGGAUAAGACCAAAAAGGAGAUGCCAUUCUGUUUGAGAUCUUUACCAGGGUAAUGCCAGUCCACACUGAUCCUUAGCCGGGUUAUUAAAUUGGGCGAGAAAGAAGUGCGGAGGUCACUCGUAUUGCCUAGUGGAACUGUCAGAAAGGUUUUCUACUGUGGCAUUCAGUGAUGUUACCUAUUUGUCUGCUCAGUAAAAAGUAACAUUUGGAUCUUAUCCUCAAAGGUAUGGAGCUGUUUGUUUUUUGUCCCUUGCCAAUAGGGACAUACUAUAGAUUCCUGUGCAAAUAGUGCAUAGUUUGGUGCUACUGGGGCUAUUAGUGUUGCUAGCCUCAAAGGCUUGGAGUGGUUGUCGUGGACUUGAUUUCACCUAAAAUUGGAGUCCUUUUGGCAAAGGAUCACUGCUGUGCUACAAAACAGAAGCUGGUAAACUUGUAAAUACUGCAUUAAAGUACGAACUAAAUUUCUUGUAAUACUACUGUAAUUGUUACAGAAUGUACUGUAUUUUCAAAUGCAAUAAAUGCAGUAAUCUGCAAACUAUACAGAA